CAUCAAUGAUCAAUCCCUUUCGUCGUCAGGAUGCGGGAUUGAUCCAACACCACUCUUGUGCGCGCCGUGUUGACCGCAUCACAGUGAGACCAGUGAUGAGUUUAAUUCUUCGACUGGCAACCCUUUAAUAAGCAGCCCUCAGGCCAUUCAUCGUUAUACCCAAACCCCCCACAACCAGCGAUCGGUGCUUAGUGGCUUUUCUCAGACAGGGUCGAGGAAGGCAUACGUCUUGAAGAACACCCAAGUCAUCACUGGUCCUUGUUACCCGUCCCUCCCACAUAUCACUGCGGCAACCAAGUCGCCUCACUCGAACGAUGAAUUUCCUUUUCCCUUGGACUUCAGAACGGAAAACAGAAGUCCGUCAUCCUCCGACGUCGGCUGUCGUGACUAUCCAGGAUCAUAGCACGAGGCGUGUCUCUCUUCGGGAGCUUGUAGAGGAGAAGUGCCCUAGCUUACAUGCCCCGUUCCACCCAGCUUGGUGGCUUCCCAAUGGUCACUUGCAAACCCUGUAUUGCGUGCUGGGAGAUUUCUCUCAGAGAGACAAGAUCGUUUACAAAAGGACCAUGUUACGUUUGAAGGACGGUGGAACUUUGGGAUUGGACUUCACUCCUGUAGAUGAUACCAACUUACGACCCGAUGCCCCCAUCGUCGUCGUGUUGCACGGCCUCACUGGUGGUUCAUACGAAUCCUACGUGAGGGCCAUCCUUUCCCCUGUUUGUCUACCACCUUCGGAAGGGGGCCUUGGAUACCGUGCGGUAGUCGUUAAUUUCCGCGGUUGUGCAGGCGUCCCUAUCACUAGCCCUCAAUUCUACUCAGCGGGCCACACGGAUGACUUCAGACAGGCAAUAUUCUACAUAUCCACUCUUUUUCCGGACGCGCCUUUACUCGGGAUCGGUUUCUCCCUGGGGGCGAAUGUCCUGACAAGAUACGUUGCCGAAGAAGGUCAGCAUUGUCGACUGAGAUCAGCCUGCGUUCUGGGAUGUCCCUGGAACUUAGCCGCAAAUAAUAAAUGGCUCGACUCCACCUACAUUGGUAAUAUAUACUCUAAGGGAAUGGGUCAGAAUUUGGUUAAUCUGCUCAAGAGCCACCUCAACUCGCUCUCGCAAACUCCUGAACACGAUGUAUCAAAGGCGGCAAUGACCGCAGUUGCUCUGAACAAGCCAACUAUCGGGGAAUUUGACAACACGUUCACUAAAGUAGGCGGUGGCUCCUCGCCACCGUGGCCGUUCGCAUCCGGUGCCGACUAUUAUGAAUAUGCAUCUAGUCAUAAAGUGCUUGACGACGUGCGGAUCCCCUUGCUUUCUAUUAACGCAGCAGACGAUCCAGUCGUACAAGAGGUACCCAUGGAUGCCAAGGGAAAUGAGUGGAUAAUUAUGGCAUUGACCUCUCAUGGGGGACACCUUGGGUGGUUCGAGCCGGACGACGACUGGGGUCAAGUUAGAAGGUGGAUCAGACGACCUGUUCUGGAAUGGUUCCACGCCACAGCGGAGGUUCUGCAGAGAGAGACACCGCAACACCUAGAUAUCCGAGAAGUUGACGGUUAUCUCACUGAGGUCGGUAGAGAAAAUUUGGGCUGCAGGGUACUUCAUGAUAAAGAGCAAAUCAUCCGGGGCACAGAAGGCCAAGCAGGCAUCUUGGCAGGUCUAUGACACUUAGUUGUACUACGUCAUUAGAGAUAUAUUAGAGUCGGGUUUACUGAUUUUUGGGGUGGAGCCAGUCUACUCGCUGUCA